AAUAAAUCCUUUGGCUAUGGCUAGGUGGAAGUGCGUCUGGAAAGCCAGAGGCCAGAUAGGCAUCCAGCCUGCUGGCAACUUCUUACGCAACGAAGUAGCCCGAACAAAGGAGCGUUUCUCUUCCCACCCGGCUGGGAAACUUCUCCCUUUGUGGGAGAUCAAGGGCUCCUUGGUGGCUUUGAAGCUUUGUUGCUCCUGUGAUCCCAGAGAAGUAGGUCUGUGGGGAUCUGAGCUGCCUGUGCUGCCCCGAAGAGGAGUCGGUGGCCCCCGAAGUGGUGUCUUCUCUUCCUGAAGCAGGGGAGAAGCUGUAUUUGGCUCACCAGUCUCUUCUGCGUUUUCCUGUGGUGUUUGCUGGAAACAGGAUUUUAUUAGAUGGCCGUUCUUCUCCAGCUAGGGUGGAACCACCUGAGGGUCAGCGAAAGGCUUGAGGCCUAGCUUUGGGAGACUGCAGCCACUGGAACUGGAAAGAAUCACUCAACCUAUUCCAAGCCCUGGGCAGAGGGCUCAAGCACCGUAAACAUGCCUAUUUUGAAGCAGCUGGUGUCAAAUUCUGCAAGCUCCAAGCGUCGUUCCCGGGUGGAUCUGACGGCAGAGAUGAUCAGCGCCCCCUUGGGUGAUUUUCGUCAUACCAUGCAUGUGGGUCGGGCUGGUGAUGCUUUUGGUGACACCUCCUUCCUGAACAGCAAGGGGGGUGAGGGUGAGCAGGAGGCUGCUGAGGAGACCGGUUCCUCAUCCAAGCCCAGCCUGUUGUCGCGCAAGUUCCGCAGUAGCAAGCGGUCUCAGUCUGUAACACGUGGGGAAAGGCGGGACAUGCUGGGCUCUCUGAGGGACUCUGCUAUUUUUGUGAAGAAUGCAGUUUCUCUUCCUCAGCUCACUGAGAAGGAAGCAGACAAGAGUGGUGGGAAACAGCUGCCCAAGAGCCUCUCCUCCAGCCCUGUCAAGAAAACGCCAGAGGAGAAGAGCCCUGAAGAGAGACACAUGAAUGGCGCUGCUGCAGCCCCCAGCUCUGGACCUCACAGCCCUGGCUUGGAAGAACGGAACUUUGGUGACAUAACUGACUUGCCUCUAGUGUUGCACAAGAACAGCUAUGGCCUGAAGCAUGCAGAGUCCAUCAUGUCGUUCCAUAUUGACCUUGGGCCCUCUAUGCUGGGUGAUGUCUUGAGCAUAAUGGACAAGGAUUCGUGGGAGCAAGAGGAUUCUGGCUAUCAAGGGGCAGAGGAGUCCCAAGGACAUGCAGAUCCUGUGGAGGCAUCAGCAACACAUUGGCUUAGCGAGGAAAGCAAACUUGCACAAGAUUCUUUGGCUCGUUGUGAUGAAAACAGGGCAGUGACGUACAGUCCUGGCUCGGCCCCCAGCAUUACAAGUCGUCUGACUAUGGACAGCAGUUCAGUUUCCAGCUGUGCAUCUGUGGCGGAAGAGCAGCGUAGCUUUGCCUCCAGAGGACAAAACCAUGGCUUUCCAGAGGAUGUGAGGCACGAGGCUUCUAAACAGCUAGAUAAGGAAUUCACGUUUAUGGAUGAAGAAGAUGAUGAGAUAAGGGUAUAAGGAAAGUUGUUGGAGGUUCUUAACUUUGAGAAGGAAUAACUUGCAACUGAUUUUUGCAAUAAAUGACUCCUUUCUCUACAAUGCCUUCAAUGAAAUAAAAUAAAAUCCUUUCCCAGUCUGCACCUUAAUUCCCUUAAGCAGACUGUUGGAGAAAAAAAGGGGGGGUUGUCCUUUGUUUUUCGCUUGAUGAGUGAAGUCCCCUUUUUAUGAAAGGAAGGAGAAACAAGACCAAGUUAGAAAUAUUGCACUUAAAUGGCUUCUGUGUAUUUAAAAUACUUCAUUUUUGUGAUCUUGGAGCCGCAAAAAAGAAAUAUUGCUGAAAGAAACUUAAUUUCCAGUAGACAACUCCAGUGUGAGAAGAGGAACUUUAAAAACCCAUUUUUGUUAACUUAUCUGCCUCUUGUUUAAAGCAAUAUAGAGCUGAAAUACUAGAACAAAGCUCAAAACACUCAUUUCUUUUUAAUAUAUAUUUUUUCCUUUUACAUUUUUACUAAGUCUUUAAAUUUUUUCCAGUUGCCCAGGAGCACAAUGUUCUGCACCUGGCACAACUUAUAAGGAUGAGACGUAUUUGUAUAGAGCAAAAAUAUGGACACGCUAAAAUAGCCCAACAUUCCUAAUAUUUAGUUGCUAACAAUUCUCUCUCUGUGGGCAGGCCCCUGGAAAGAUCAGCCAACUCUGGAAAAUAUGACUAGAAAUAUGACACUUUUUAAAGCGAAGUGGACAAAACUUGUUGGGAACACGAAAUGCGGAAAUGUACAUCCACUAUGUUUCCCAUUUAACACUGAAACCCUCUUUUGGUCUUUUGUGGGUUCACAUUGAUGAGAGUAAUAAAAAUGGUAGCAUUUCUAAGGGAGGACCUUCCUACCCCUAGACAAGUGUCGCCCUUGAUGGUGACAGUGUGAAUAACUUUAUAGUGGCAGAUUCGUGGCUACAUUUUCUUUACUGAAGACUGUUCAGAAUUCUCCAGUGUUAAGUUGAAUUCCAAGAAUGGAAUCCCAGGCUAGUUGCCUCCCCCUGUUAAAGAGAAAUCAAAAUCUUUCAGCCUACUCUCCAACCUCUUCCUUCUUGAGAAAGCAGACAGAUGUCCAACAAAAUAUGGGGCUCUGGCAUCCAGUGUGGGACACUGGAGGGAGGGAAGGGGAUUUUGUACAUUUACAUGUGUUAUUGGAAAGACCAGAAGUAGCCUAACCUGUUAGUUUCAUCCAUUUCUUAGUUGAGGUUAUAGAAUAUCAGCAAAGCUGACUAAAGCACAAAAACUUGGCACUCCCUGUUCCAGGAACAAUGGACAUGCUGCUUUGCUCGUUCCUUUCCUUGAAAUAAACUCCAGGAGUCUCCUGUAUUUGGGUGGUGCUCCUUCUAUUCCUAUCAGACCUUUUAUUAUUUUUAUUGCCUUGAUUUGCAUUUUGCUGGGCAUUGAACACUAACUGUUUGCCUUAUUUUGUUUCUACUGUAUAUUAGAUUUGCCUGCCUUUUUGAGAUCAGUCUUUCUCCCACCCUUGGAUUGUGACUUUGUGUGUACAGGUGUUUUUUCUGUUCAUCUGAUGGAGGAAUUUUUAAAAUGCAAGGGAAUUAAACUACAGUAAAAAUAAUUCUUAAAUCUUGGAGGGUCUUUUUGGGAGGCUUGUAUGUUUGUGAGGUAAGAAUGGGUUUUGAUUAACUUGCACUAUUGCACUGAUAGAAUUGUAGGUUUUUAUAUGACUUGCUUCUGGUUGCAACAUAAUGUACCUAAUUUCAAUAUAUGGUGUGUGGAUUUUUUUCAGUGGAACACCACAACCAUUUGUUCCUUUUUAAAUUGAUUCAGAAUCCUGUA